GAACAGUUCUUAACGAAAUAUCCAGAAUACGAUGGUAGGAAUAUUAUUAUUGGUAUAUUGGACACAGGCAUAGAUCCAUCACUUCCUGGAUUACAGGUAACGAGUCAUGGACUGCAAAAGGUGAUAGAUGUAAUAGAUUGUACAGGAGCCGGCGACGUAGAUACAUCGACAGUGCGUACAGCGACUGAUGGUUAUGUUAUCGGACUUACAGGAAGAAAGCUAAAGAUUCCUGAAGCCUGGGUUAAUCCAAGUGGUAAAUAUCAUAUAGGAAUAAAGCCAAUUUAUGAAUUGUACAAUAAAAAUUUGUUAGAAAGAAUAAAGAAAGAAAGGAAGGAGAGUCUUUUUAAUAGCGGGCAAAAAUUGGCAAUGGCUGAUGCAAUGCGUCAGCUCGUUGCGCACGAAGAAGCAAUCGGUGGAACGUCCGAUAAAAUGAGUGAUAAGGAAGAUAGAGAAGAACUUUCGAGUCAGGUAGAAAUUUUAAAAAGUUUGGACAAAAUGGAUGAUCCAGGACCGAUUGCUGACUGCAUCGUUUUUCAUGAUGGCACGAAAUUCAGAGCUUGUAUAGAUACUUCAUAUCGUGGGCGUUUAAGCUUAGCACCUCUACUCAGCAGUUACCGUGAAAGCGGUAAAUAUUACAAGCUCUCCGACAAUGAUAUGCUGACAUUCUGUAUUACUAUACAUGACAAUGGUAAUUUGUUGGAAAUAUGUGUCCCUUCCGGUACGCAUGGAUCUCACGUUGCAAACAUCGCUGCUGCUUACUUUCCUAACGAACCGGAAAAAUCUGGGCUGGCUCCUGGAGCUCAAAUUGUUUCUCUAUGCAUCGGUGAUCAUCGUCUGAAAAGUAUGGAAACGGGUACUGCACUUACCCGGGCUCUGAGUCGCUGUGCUGAUAUGGGUGUACAUCUCAUCAAUUACUCCUACGGUGAAGCGACAAACUUCCCGAAUUCGGGUCGUAUUAUCAAGGCUGUAGAUAGAGUAGUAAGGCGUUAUGGGAUAUUAUUUUUUUCGUCAGCAGGAAAUUGUGGCCCAGCUUUAUCAACCGGUGGAUGCCCCGGCACAACUACUACUUCAGUUAUCGGAGUUGGUGCAUAUCUUUCGCCAACAAUGAUGGAAGCAAUGUAUAGUAUGCUUGAUAAGUUACCUCUCACACUGUAUCCGUGGUCAUCCAGAGGCCCAACUGCUGAUGGAGCAUUAGGUGUAUCAAUUUGUGGUCCAGGUGCAGCUAUUACAAGUGUGCCUAAGUUUGCGCUGAAAGCAGGCCAACUAAUGAACGGUACUUCGAUGAGUUCACCAAAUGUUACAGGAACUGUCGCAUGUUUGCUUAGCGCUUUGAAGGCACAGAACAUUUCAUGGGGUCCUUAUCUAAUUCGAUUAGCUUUGGAAAAUACUGCCCGGUUACCAAAAGAUCAAAGUCGUUUUGCUGUCGGUAGUGGACUGUUGCAGGUAGAUGAAGCGUACAAUUUCAUGCAGGAACAUUACUUAUUAAUUUCACCUCUACUCACCCAUUUCAAAAUUAGAAUUAACGGUAUAAGUGCACGUGGAAUUUACUUACGUGAACGAUAUCAGACAUCUUGUAUUAAUACAUAUGUUAUCGCUGUGCAGCCAAAAUUCAAGCCGAAAUCAGAUAAUGAUGCAAAAAUAGCAUUCGAAAAGCAUUUAGUAUUAACAUGUGAUGCGUCUUAUAUCAAAUGUCCAAAACAGUUUACAUUAAUGCAUCAGGAACGAGAAUUCACCAUAUCAUUGGACCCGGUUGGCCUUGAAGCCGGUGUUGCUCAUUUCACUGAAAUAUGUGCUUAUGAUUCGGAAAACAUUUCACUUGGUCCCUUAUUCCGUAUACCAAUAACUGUAAUUGUUCCGUUAAGCUUAGAUGAUAAUUCGCGGCAUACGAUAAGACGAAAGUUACAGUGCAAGCCUGCUCGUCCGGAACGACUUUUUAUUCAUGUACCCGAAGGUGCCGAUUGGGCUUGUUUGAAGUUGACAUCCUGUGGAACUCAACUGCAAGCAAAAUACGUUGCCCACAUUGUUCAACUUUUACCGGAUACAGCAUACCGUUCAACUGAAUUUCAUAAAACAGUAUCACUAGAACAAAAUCAAGAAGAGCAAUUUGCUGUCGCGUUACGCGGCGGGCGUACUAUGGAGUUAUGCAUAACGAAAUGGUGGUCUAAUUUGGGUGAAGCGAUGUUGGAAACUGAAUUAGUAUUUCAUGGUGCCGUCCCUUCGCCUACUGUAUUAAACAUGUUUUCAACCGAAACACCAUUCCAUUUUACCGUAUGUAAUUCGAUGAUGAGGUUUGAAGAUGUGCGACCGGCCAUAACAUUCCGUUAUAUUUGUCAACCAUUUCGGCCAGCAGAAGCAAAAGUGCAACCUCUUGGACCGCGUGAUCUCUUCUUCACCGACCUGCAAAUUUUUCGUUUGCUUCUCACUUAUAACUUCUCUUUACAAAAAGCAACCGAUGCAUAUGUUGAAUUGCCUGGCAUAACCGACUACCUCUAUGAAAGUGCAUUUGAUGAUGUACAUAUUAUGAUUUUCUCUUCAACAAAGCAAUAUAUUGGAAGCAGUGCUCCAUAUCCAGACCGGUAUACUCUGAAAUUGGAGAAAGGCGAGUAUCGUAUUCGUGUACAGAUUAGGCAUGAAGAUGCGUCGCUACUAGAGAAAUACCGUGAAACGGUCUUAAUUUUAAAGCUGAAGCUUCCGUCAGCGAUCAGUUUGGAUUGUUUUUCAGAUUACGAAAGUGCUGUAAAAGGGGAAGGGAAAAAAUUCGGCACGAGGAAAAUGAAACCAGGUGAAGUUGGUGUCGUAUACAUUGGUCCAAUUCCGGAAGAUAAACUUCCGAAAUUUGGUUGGCCCGGUUGCUAUUUAACUGGAGCGCUUUGUUUAUCAGAUAUGGAAAUAGCUCGAAGUCAUGUGCAGUAUCAAGUAAUAUAUACAUUUUCGGAAUGGAGUCGCAAGCAGACCAAAGCCGUUUCAUCAGUUGCUUUAAUAAAAAAGAAGGAAGAUUUUGCACCUGAUUCUAUGCAAGCUAUGAAUGAAGCACUGCGUGAAUUUUAUGUACAAUGGCUAGGAAAAUUACAAGAUGUUGUGUAUGCAAAUGAUUUAUAUGAUCAUUUAAUUGCCGAGAACCCAAAAAAUUUGAGAAUCAUGCAAACGCAGCUAAAGCGUUUGUUCGACAGUAAGUAUAAUCCAGAAAAUCAUAGCCGAAUUCUGGAAUUGGCAGACGCAAUUCUAGAUGCAGCCAAACCGGAUGAAGUGUUGAAAUACUUGGGCUCUAAACAUGAGAAUAGUGAAAGUGAUAUCAUCAUCAGGACAGAUAUGGAAAAUCGUAAGAACGCCAUUAUCGAUGCCUUAGUCAUCAAAGUAGAUGCAUUAGUUGAUGAACAUUUGGCAAUUAGUACUCAGGAAAUACCAAAGGCAUUUCGGCAUGGUUUGAACGUCGAUGUCACUUUAAAGACUGAGAAAACAUCCCCAACAAGUGGAGAGCUUACUAAAAGAUCAUCAAUCAGCGAUUUUCAGUUGAUAGAAGAUACGAAGAAAAAAGAUACAGAUGAUGUUGGCAUUGGUGGAGCAGGCGAUUUGCUAGCAACACUAGAAUCAGAUCAAAUAACUGAUACGUUACCAACAAGUAUUGAGACUGCAGAAUCGGAUCAAGCAGGAAGAACUAUAAAAGUUACACUGAAAGAAAUUGAUACUGCAUACUAUGAAGUUUUAAAAUGGUUGGAAGCGACUGAUCCAAAGGUUUUGAUAUUAUCUGCAAAGCAAGCUGUUGCACAUGCUCACUAUGGUCGAGCCUUGAAAUAUUUGAGAAAGGCAAGUGAAGAUAAAAACUUUGCAAAUAAUUUGAUUGUGGAAGCGGCAGCUGUUGAGCUUGUGGAACAACUCGGUUGGAUGCAUCUUGCAAGCAACUUACGAAACCAAAUGAUUGUUAAAUAUCGCAACGAUUACCGCCUUUUUUAA